AUGAGAUUCUCCUCUGUCUUCACGGCCUUGUCCGCUGUGACCAGCACAUUGGCUCAACAAACAUACAUCAAUCCUGUACUCUGGUACGACCUGGCCGACAUCGAUGUCUUCCGCAAGGGCAACCAGUACUACUACUCAGCCUCUACCAUGUCCUUUUCUCCAGGUGCUCCUAUCCUCAGAUCCGGCGACCUUGUGAAUUGGGAAUUCAUCGGACACUCAGUCCCCACACUGGACUUCCACGACACUGCAUAUGACUUGGCUGAUGGCAAGCAAGCGUAUGUGAGAGGUAUUUGGGCUUCGUCUAUGCAAUACAGAGAGUAUGACGAUACGUUCUACUGGAUUGGAUGUGUCGACUUCAAGACUACUUAUAUCUACAAGGCCAAAGAUCCUGCUGGGGAUUGGAGCAAGGUCGGCGAGAUUGGAACCUGCUACUAUGAUUGCGGAAUGUUGUUCGAUGGGCAGAACAUCUAUGUUGCUUACGGCAACACCAAAAUCAGCGUAGCACAGCUCAACAACGACUUCACUCAAAAAUCCACCACCCAAGUCUACUCCUCCUCAAUCACAAUCGAAGGCUCCCACAUGAAGAAGAUAAACAACAACUACUACAUCUUCGUCACCCAACCCGCCUCCAACGAAUACGUGCUAAAGUCUUCUUCUGGGCCCUUGGGUCCCUAUGAAUUCAAAAUCUUUACCAAAGCAGCGGCCAGCAGUGUCCAAGGCAGUGGAAACCCUCAUCAGGGAAGUGUGGUUGAUACUCCGGAUGGCAAGUGGUACUAUCUGGCUUUUAUCGAUGCGUAUCCUGGUGGGAGGAUGCCAGUGUUGGCGCCUUUUGUGUUUGAUGCGCAGGGUUGGCCAUCGUUGAAACAAGCGAAUGGGUUCGCCAUCGCGAAUCCCUAUCCUGUUACUCCUGUACCAGUCAAAUCUACCACUGGCAUCGAUAGCUUUACCGGACCAAAGCUGUCUCCACAAUGGGAAUGGAACCACAACCCAGACACCACAAAAUACUCCUUUGCCUCUGGAGGAGGUCUGAUCCUCAAAACAGCUUCAGCAACCAAAGACCUGUAUCAUGCAAAAAACACACUCACCCACCGUAUCCUCGGUCCAAACUCCACCGCAACAAUCGCCCUCGACAUUUCCAAAAUGAGCAGCGGUGAUCAAGCAGGCCUCGCCCUCUUGAGCGACAACUCGGCUUACAUCGCCAUUCGCAAUGGUCUCGUGAUCCUCCAACGCGACCUCACUCUCGGCGCAGGCUGGGACACUCUGUCCACAGGUCGACAAGAAACUUCUGCUUCCCUACCCGCCAACACAAAAACCGUUUGGUUGCGUUUACACGCUGAUAUUGCACCUUCUGGCUCUCACCAAGGCAGUUUUUCGUGGUCAGCGGAUGGAAAGACGUUUAAGGUGUUGGGAACACCGUAUGUCAUGAAUACUACUUAUUACUUUUUCAUCGGGUAUAGGUUUGGUAUCUUCAAUUUCGCGGAGAGUGCGUUGGGCGGUCAGGUUACGGUCAAGUCGUUCGAGUUGGCUUUGGGGUCGAAGUAG